CCCACCUAAAUAAAUCCAAACAGAAAUUUCAAAUGGCUAGAAGAUGAAUUUGGGUUCAAGUAUUAUAAGGUGGCAAUGUUAUAUCUGCUAUAAUGUGAUGUAUUUUCAGCCACCAUGCAGCCCUGACCUAAUCUCCAUUUUUGUGUGAAAUUCAAGUUGCAUCUCAUUUUUUAAUUUUUCUCCUGUCCGGUUGACACUUCUAAGCAGGUGUCUGUUUUGACGUGGCAGUCCUGGCACAAUAUUGUGUUAAAGGUGAUUUGAGCAGUUCCAAUGUUCUUUGGCAAGCUGUUGGCUCUCCUGCAGUUAAAAUGAGCACAGUGAAUGUUUACUUGAAAUACUUUAAUAUUGUAUAGUGUUUAGAGGUCAAGUCAUAUCUGUUCUAAACAUGUUCCAACAUUAUAGGGUAGAAAAUUAAAAAAAGCGUUUUACUUAAAGCGUGAAAGUAGGUUACAGUGACAGCUAUUGGAGAAUAUAUCCUUUAAUUUUUAAUUGGAAUAUAUCUCAUUAUAUGAUGCCCUAAUAUGCUAUUAUUUUCAUAACCUUUUUGAUCUGAAGAAAACCAUACAUUUUGAUCUGAUAUACACAGGUAGAAAUGAAAUAUCCUGUGAUUGGUACCUUGUGUGCCAGUUUGCAACAGACAACACAACAGAUGGGAUAUACUGAGAGUCGUGACUUGUAUUUUUUGCUCAGCUGAACACAGGCAUUUAGGUUAAACUAAACUGAGAGCUUUAUGCCUUGCAAAUGUAAUUUACUUUUUGAUGUGUUAUUUACUUUUUAAAUUUUUACUAAUGCACUUUUUUUUUCUCCCCCCCAUGCCAUUUUAUACCUGCGAUGGUGACUUGUCUUGGGUACUGCUGCUUAUAUGGGUAAAACAUGACUACAGAGGCAAGUUCAGUAGGCGAGAAGGAAAGCCAACAAAAAUCAAAUAAAGCAGAAAAAGAUAACCGUCCCCCACCAGCACAAGACUCUGAAAUCACAGAAUUGCAAGAAAUCCCAGACGGUGGUGCUAAAGAGGAACCACAGACCCAAGAAAAGCCACCUGCUGAAACCUCUGGUUGUUCCACAGAAGAGCAGUUCAAGCCUCGUAACAGGUCUUCAGCUGGCCGAGGACUCUCACGACUGUUCUCCUCUUUUCUGAAACGCCGCUCACAGUGUUCUGAAGGAGAGGGAGUAGAUUCUGAGAAAGAGGGCAGUAAGACUAAAGAAAACAAUGAAAUAUUAGUGGACCCUGAAAUCCAGGAGGUGGAAGUUUUGCUGAAAGCCCCCAUUGCUGAUGCAGAACCUGAACUCAGAACUGAGGGAGACCCAGCACUAGAUCUGCAUUCAUUGAGCAGUGCAGAAACUCAGCCUGCUCUGGAAGACCAGGAUAGUGAAAAGGAGGACGAAGACGAACAGCAGCAGGAAGAAGGUGACUCUGGAGAAGUGGUUCAAGAGGCCCAAUCUAAGGAGAAACAUUCUGAGGAGGCAAAAUCUAUCUCUAAGGCUCCCCGCAAGCUGAAAAGCAUGCACUGCAAAAUCACUUUACUGGAUGACUCCAACUAUGAGUGUCAAUUGGAUAAACAUGCCAAGGGUCAGGAGCUUUUUGUCAAGGUUUGUGAACACCUCAAUCUCCUAGAGAAAGAUUACUUUGGGCUGGCACUCUGGGAAACUCCAACACAGAAGACUUGGCUAGACCUUACAAAGGAGAUUAGAAAACAGACUCAAGGAAUUCCAUGUAGUUUCACAUUUAAUGUGAAAUUCUACCCUCCGGAUCCAGCCCAGCUGACAGAGGACAUUACAAGGUAUUACCUCUGUCUUCAGCUGAGGCAGGACAUUGUCAGUGGAAGGCUGCCAUGUUCUUUUGUUACUUUGGCAUUGCUUGGUUCCUACACAGUGCAAUCUGAGCUGGGAGAGUAUGACCCUGACCUUCAUGGCACAAGCUACGUCACUGAUAUUCAGUUGGCUCCUUCUCAGUCCAAGGAGCUGGAAGAAAAAGUCAUGGAGCUUCAUCGCAAUUACAGAUCAAUGACACCUGCCCAGGCAGAUAUGCAGUUCCUGGAAAAUGCAAAAAAGCUCUCCAUGUAUGGUGUGGAUCUUCAUCAGGCUAAGGAUUUAGAGGGUGUGGAUAUAAUGCUUGGUGUUUGUUCCAGUGGCCUCCUUGUUUAUAAGGACAAGCUGAGGAUUAACCGCUUUCCGUGGCCCAAGGUUCUCAAGAUCUCAUACAAACGCAGUAGUUUCUUCAUUAAGAUUCGUCCUUCUGAGCAAGAACAAUAUGAAAGUACGAUAGGAUUCAAGCUUCCAAACUAUAGGGCCUCCAAGAAGCUGUGGAAAGUCUGUGUGGAACAUCAUACUUUUUUCAGACUGUCUUCUACUGAAGCCACCACUCCAAGAAGAUUCCUGGCUUUAGGCUCCAAAUUUCGGUAUAGUGGAAGAACACAGGCUCAAUCUCGACAGGCCAGCUCGAUGAUUGACAGGCCAGCACCACAGUUCCAGAGGACUGCCAGCAAGCGUGCUUCCCGAAGCCUAGAUGGAGUUCGGGGUAACCCCCCAUCGUAUUCUGAAGUCAAAAUGAAGACUGAAGAUGACUGGCUUGAUCUGUUGGAUAUCUCCGUGUCAGAGCCUACCUUUGAGCCAACCUUGAAAUAUGAAACCAAACCCAAAUUUGUAACAGUCACCGAGAUUCCAGCCAAAGUUUUCAGUGUCUCCAAUGUUAAUAAGAAGACAACAGAAGAUGAUGAUUGGUUUGUACUUCUGGAUCCGUUCUGUCCAGUACUACCUACCAAGGCCCCAGCUUCAGUGGUUGUGACACCUGACAAAAGUGCUCGACCUGUUAGUGCUCCAGUCAUUUCACAUCCGCCUGCUGUUGAAGGCAGCCAUACAGGUCUGGUUGCUGAUAUACGGGAUCAGCAUGUCAUUACUGCAACAGUCAGUCAUGUGCCAGAAGAAGAAAGAAGAGUAGACGUUAAGGCAGAGGCAACACCAGUGGAAACUUUCCAGAAGGAAGUGGCAAAAGAAGGCAAGAUUGGGAGAGAAUUGAAGGAAACUCCAGCAGUAAUUUCCACAUAUGGUAACAAAUCUCAGCAGAAACAGCUCCCUCCAGAGGCUGAUGAGGAGACUGUUCGAAUGCGAAAGAAAAGACCUAAGAAAAUUGAGGGUGACACUAUUUAUAUCAGACAUAGCAAUUUAAUGUUGGAGGAUUUGGACAAGACCCAAGAUGAGAUCAUGCGCCACCACGCCAGUAUUAGUGAACUAAAAAGAAACUUCAUGGAGUCUGUUCCAGAGCCCAGACCUAGUGAAUGGGACAAAAGGCUGUCAACACACUCCCCUUUCCGUACCCUUAACAUCAAUGGACAGGUUCUGCCUAAUGCAGAUGUGAGUGGAUUUGAAAUUCCUAAGAGAGAGGAUUUAGAAAGGGAAAUUCGGAGAGCGGAUACACGUUUUGGUGAGAACAGGGGGGCAGCUGAUUUGGCAGCCUUCUCUCGGGGUCGAGCUUCUUCUUUUGAGAACAGUGAGGAGGAGGAGGAAGAUGAGGAAAGCACCUUUUCCUUUCUCCACAGCAAGGAGGAGGUGGGCUGGCCAACAGGGCCAGAAGUCAGCUUAGAGACUAAAGCCUCACACUCCCCAGUGUUGUUUCCUGAAUCCCUACAAGGCACUCAUCUCCCUCAACUGUGUACCUGGAAAGAGGAGGAACUUGUAGAUGACAUAGUGGAGCACAGGUGUGACGUAGCAGAAAAGAGUGUUGAGGUUGUUGGAGGAUAUUUCAGUCAUCUUUACUGCGAGAAUCCUCCUUGCCUCAUUCGGUGUUUUCAGCCUCCACUGGUGAAAACUCAGACUGUCACAAUCUCUGAUGCUUCAAGCUUUAUGAAGAGUGACAUCACCACAAAGGAUGUGCCUAUUGUACAUACAGAGACCAAGACCAUCACGUAUGAAGCUGCACAGAUCCCUCAGACUGUUGGACAUCGUACAAUAAAGAUGUACUUUAAUCAACAAAUUCCUCAUUUGCCUGAAGACAGCAACACAGACAAAGAUUCUGGUGUUCUUUUGAGUGCACAGACCAUCACCUCAGAAACUGUGAGCACCACUACAACCACACAGAUCACCAAAAUGGUGAAAGGAGGUGUCUCAGAGACAAGAAUUGAAAAACGAAUUGUCAUUACUGGAGAUGCAGAUAUUGACCAUGACCAGGUAAGUCCCAGGCAAUUAAUCGCAGCCAAGGAGCAGCAUCCUGAUAUGUCGGUCACCAAAGUAGUUGUUCACCAAGAGACUGAGAUUGCUGAGGAAUAGAGGCAGCCUGCCACGACAGUCGGGAGUUUGAAGAAUUGGCCAAUAUUCUUUAAGUGACCAACCGCCUUUUGUCAUCUUUAAAACAAAGCAGCAGCUCUUGCAAUUCAUAAGCAUGUCGUGUUGCAUUUAACACUGCCCUCACUCAGACCAGCAAAUUUUAAAGACAUGGAUCAUGGGACCAGAAAGAGAAGAGUACUGAGUUAAAAAAAAAAAAAUACACGAAGUCAAUAAGGAAAUAUAUCCAACAAAACUUUAUUUCUAUUUGUAAAGCUAAAGUGAAGAUCACAAAUUGGAGAAGAUUAAAAGAAGAUAAUGCAUUCCAGAUGUAGGAAGAAAACUGCUGUUUUAUCUCAAGUUUUUUUUUAACGAAAGUCUGAACAUUUCUAAUUAAUUAUAACUGUUUUUUAUACCAGAAAUGGUGUGUUUUUGAACUUUGAACUUCCCAGAUCUUUGCAGGAAAGAAGAAGCUUUAAUUUUAAUUUUUGAUGAAACUUUAAAUUAAGCAAGAAUUGUGUAUUGUCUCUCCCCCAACCCACCCCCUCUUAUGGUGAUCUCAACAGCAGUCUUUCUGAGUUGAUUUUUGAAUAUCAUUGCUGCAUUUUUACAUCUAAACUGAUAAUUCCAGUGCAGUUGUCAUUUAUUAUUGUUUAUUUUGGACCAACACUGCAGUUUCCACUUUCAACAGUGCCUAUGCUUACUAUUUGAUACCCCAGUUAAGAGUGUGCAGUACUCCUGCCAUUAAAUAUUUGUAUUUCAGGUUUUUAAUUUGAGGAAACAGGAUACUUUUGAGUCCAAAUUAGGAUGUGUUCUAUUUUAAUUUUUGUUUUUUGCAAAUAUAGCCCCUUCUUAUUAUGAAUCAUAGGUGUAACUGUAAAAGUGGGUUGCUUUUCAUUUAUAAAGAAGGACCUUUUAUUCUUGAACAAAAAGGUUAUCUUUGCCUUUUUGAGUGGUUUUUUUUUUUUGGAAUGGGGACACUUGAUGUAGUAUUUUUUUUUAAUUGUUGAGUGUGUUUUAUGCAGAUUUUAUCAGGAAGUGUAAAAGUUUUAAUGUCUUUAAGUGAAUCACUAAGUGGCAGGUUAUCACUUAUUAUAAUAAUAUUCAGGAGAUGUUUAUACUGUGAAUAUCAAAAAUUUUCUUGCAUUUGAUUUUUUUUUGAUCUGUGUGCUGCAGGAUUUGUUUUUAAUUUUAUAUGUUUAUUUUAUAUGUUUUUAUUUUCUAAAGAGACAGUAUAUCUUUUUGAGUGUUAGUAAAAGUGUUUUACUGAUUGAAAAAUAAUUUUCUUACAGCUAAGUUAAGUUUGUUUGUUUUUGUUAUCUGUACAAUGUGAAUGAGGUGAAAAAUUCUUUAGUUUGUCAAAGAUUCCAUUUUCCAUCCACAGUGUUUAAAGAAAAAUGGGGACUAAUCCUUUAUGACUGAUUAUUUUACUUUUUUUUUUGUAACCAGAAUUUCUUUUUUAUUUGAAGUGUUUCUUGUUGAAUACACAUCUGUAGCUCUAUGUGUUUUAGUUGAUUGUUCAGGCAUUUGAGCAGUAUACCAUUUUUAUUUUAUUUUAAUUUUUUUUUUUGCAGUGUGAUAUAUAGAUUUAAACCACUGACCAAAAAUAUAAAACUAAUAAUUAUUAAUAUUAUCAUGCCAAAAUCUCAAUGUAUUAAGAUAGUAUGUUUAAAUUCAUCAUAGAUAGUAAUAAAAUAGCCUUUUGAUCACAUAUACAGAA